AUGUCGGAGAGCUGUACGCCUAAACAUGACUGGUUCACGGCAACACUGACGUUUGGUCUUUGUACUGGCCUCGUCAUUUCCUAUGUGCCCCAACACUUGAGAAUCAUACAGAAACGCUCUUCAGAAGGUUUCAGUCCUUGGUUUCUAUUGUUGGGCAGUACAUCGUCUGCCUCGGGGUUGCUGAACAUGGUGACGAUGCAAUGGGGCAUCGUCCGAUGUUGUCCAUUCUUUACUUUUGGAACCUGCCUCGAAAUGACAGCUGGCGUCAUUCAGGUCGGUCUGCAAUGGGCCAUGUUUACGUUUAUAAUGGUUCUAUACAUGAUAUACUAUCCCCCCCAUCUCAAAUACUUGGAGAUAGAUAUCGACGCGCACAAUUCCCGCCCGAUACAUAGGAGAGUGAAGACGCCAACACUUACUUCUGAGUGGAGCCAAUCAAUAGUGCUCAGUUGGAUCACGGCGGCUCACUUUGUAAUAAUAACGUUCACGACCUUUUUCCUCCUUCUCACGUCACCUGCCCCGUCAGCAUCUCCUCCCAUCGACCCCUUCACGCCACCGGAGCACAUGGACAAAACGUUGGCUAAUUGGGCUACUUUUCUUGGUAUUUCCUCAGCACUCCUCGCGGCUAUCCAAUAUGCGCCUCAAAUAAUACACACUUGGCGCGCGCGGCUGGUCGGUGCACUUAGUAUUCCGAUGAUGCUGAUUCAAAGCCCUGGUGCCGUGUUAAUGGUAUUAAGUAUCGCGCUGAGACCCGGCACAAACUGGACUUCAUGGAUAACCUUUGCUGUUGCUGGAAUGAUGCAAGGGACUCUCCUGACGCUUUGCAUCGUGUUUAAGAUUAGGCAACGCAGGCUCCACAUAGACGACUUUGGUGAGCCGUUAACCCCGCUACAGCAAUACUCUCCUCUGCCUGAAGGGAUGCCCGGGCUUGUCAUUGGUGAAGGCGAAGAUGAGGUCGCCGUGAGGGUCGCUCUGGCAAGCGAACUGGAGAGUGCGGUCGAAACCGACGUCAGAUCAGCAGGGGUAAGGCCCGUGCUAGAAAUCACUGUCAGGCCCAGGUCAGGGGAAAGGGAACCGCUACUGGGAGAGCAGAGCAGCAAGAGUACAGAGGAUGGGAAGUCAAGUGGGUGGUUUGGCUGGGGGAGGUAG